AUGAAGAAAACAGACCAUUCCUUAAGCAGGGAUGGGCCACUUAGCAUCAACUAUAGUGACCAAGUGAAGGAAAUUGCCUAUGCACUCGAGCACACAGAAUACCAGUUUCUCUGGUCAUUGAGAACGCCUCCACCUAAAGGAAAGUUCGAGUAUCCAGGUGAGUAUGAGAACCUGGAAGAAGUCUUGCCAGAAGGAUUCUUGCAGCGAGCUGCAGGGGUCGGAAAAGUUAUUGCACCACAGGCUGCAGUUCUAUCUCAUCCUGCUGUUGGAGGCUCUGUCUCUCACUGUGGCUGGAACUCAACAUUGGAAAGCGUUUGGUAUGGCGUUCCAAUGGCAACUUGGCCACUUUAUGCUGAGCAGUAG